CUACCGCUAUCUCCCCCUGCAAACGGGCAGCGUCAGACGCCAGGAGCUGCCUUUCUUUCUCUGCGCCCAGCUCUGCGCUCGCCUCCUCCAGCGGCUGGGAAGGAGGCGAGAAGGCAAAGGGAACCCCUCGUUUCUCCAGGCUCGGUGGAUGCCCCGAUGAGAGAUCCAGCCUUCCCGGGGACUGCAAUGGCUUAUCACCCUUUCCACGCUCCCCGACCGGCCGAUUUCCCCAUGUCCGCCUUCCUAGCGGCGGCCCAGCCUUCCUUCUUCCCCGCGCUCGCUCUGCCUCCGGCCGCGCUGGCGAAACCCAUGCCGGACCCUAGUUUGGCUGGAGCCGCCGAAGCGGGUUUGCACGUCUCGGCCCUGGGACACCAUCACCAGGCGGCCCAUCUGCGCUCCCUUAAGAGCCUGGAGCCGGAGGAGGAGGUAGAGGACGACCCCAAAGUGACUCUGGAAGCCAAGGAGCUUUGGGACCAGUUUCACAAGUUGGGGACGGAGAUGGUGAUCACCAAGUCAGGAAGGAGAAUGUUCCCUCCCUUUAAAGUGCGUGUGAACGGCCUGGAUAAGAAGGCCAAAUACAUUUUAUUAAUGGAUAUCGUGGCUGCGGAUGAUUGCCGGUAUAAAUUCCACAAUUCGCGCUGGAUGGUCGCGGGGAAGGCGGAUCCCGAGAUGCCCAAACGUAUGUACAUCCACCCGGACAGCCCGGCCACCGGGGAGCAGUGGAUGGCCAAGCCUGUUGCGUUUCACAAACUCAAGUUGACAAAUAACAUCUCGGACAAGCAUGGAUUUACCAUAUUGAACUCCAUGCACAAGUACCAGCCCAGAUUUCAUAUCGUGCGAGCCAAUGACAUUUUGAAGCUCCCCUACAGCACCUUCAGGACUUACGUGUUCCCUGAAACUGACUUCAUCGCGGUCACUGCCUAUCAGAACGACAAGAUCACCCAGCUGAAAAUCGAUAAUAAUCCUUUUGCCAAAGGAUUCAGAGAUACGGGGAAUGGAAGGCGAGAAAAGAGGAAACAACUCACUCUCCCCUCCCUGCGGAUGUAUGAGGAGCAGUGCAAACCUGACCGAGAUGGGGGUGAAUCGGAUGCUUCCUCGUGUGACCCUGCCCCACUGCGAGAUACACUUCACUCCCCAUUGGGAACUGCCCCAAGUCCCCUGAGACUCAACCGCAGCAGCCGAGAGGAGAAAUCCGGCCCGGAGAGCGACCUGGAGCGGGAGAAGCUGCCGGAGGAGGGGCCCAGACAAUCAUGUGCCAUCAGCAUAGACUUUUCAGUCAUUAAAAUUAGAGUUCAGUUCUUUAAGAAACCCUUACAAGGAAAAAAACAACAACAUGGCAAAUACAACCGGGGUGGUGGUAUCAUUCCUACUAAUAAGCCUAGAACCUUCAAUUUACCACCGUAA